GUGAGUGAGUGUGUGUGACACCUGUUGUCCGUCACAGCGUCAUCAUCAGGUGCAGAGUGAAUCUGCUCAAGCUCUUCCUGCAGCGGCGUCAGAUGCGUGACUGUACUGCACUGGACGCUUGUUCAGUAAAUCACACAUGAUAAACCCUGAAAACACACGCAGAUGAAGACGAAUGAUGCCUCAUCAUCUGGACGGGUGAAAUAUCAGUGGGUCUGACAGCUGGAGAUGCAUUUAUUGACAGAUAUUGAUUGUAGUACAGUUGCAUCCACAGGUUAUGAGGUUAAAUAUCAGAUCAGAUGAUGUAUAAACCGCUGCUCAAACGACCGGACCACAGCAGAAUAAAUCCUCAUCGUUUUCUGCAGUCCAUUUGCAGAUUGCAUGUAUAAAUGAAAAAGUGUUUCCGAAUGAAAUUGCCUUCAUCUUGCAUUAUGUCAUUACUUUGGCUUCCGUUCACUAGAUUUUAAUUUUGCAUUUAUGAUUUAAUUUUCAUCUGCUUCAAGGUACUUUUAAGUUGGAUAUAUGAAUGUGUUUGUCAUGCAUGAUAUGUCACUUUGACACAUUUUUUUUUCAUUUUAUGCUUGCUUUUUUUCAUUAGACGCAUUUCAGUAUUAAAUUAAAAGGCCCUCGGUGGACAAAAGCCUCCCUGGACGCUGAUGGACAAGGUUGAGAAGAAAGAAGAGGCCGAUCAGGAGAUCAAGCAGGAUGGAACCAAACCGGAGGAGAACGCCCACAAGGCCGCCACCAAGAUCCAGGCCAGCUUCCGCGGACACAUCACCCGGAAAAAGAUGAAGGACGGAGAGAAAGACGAGGAGAACGACGCCGAGGAGGACGAGUCCGCCGAGGCCGAGGAGGAGAAGAAGGAGCGAGUCUCUCCGUCGGAGGAGAAACCUGCCGAGGUUUCCACAGAAACAGCAGAAGAGAGCAAACCGGCUGAGCAGCCCAACUCGCCAGCCGCAGAAGCCCCGCCCACCGCUGCCACUGACUCCACCCCCUCGGACACGCCCACUAAAGAGGAGGCGCAGGAGCAGCUGCAGGAGGCGGAGAAUCCAAAAGAGGCGGAGAACACGGCGGCCAAGAACCCCGCCCACGAUGUAAACGCACAGGAGGAGGAGAAGAAGGAGGAAGCCAAACAAGCCGAUGUGCCUGACGCCGCCGAGAGCCAGGAGACAGACCAAAUUGACAAAAAAGAGGCCAUCGAAGACUCCAAACCAGCAGAGGAGGCCGUUUCAGACGAGAACGUUUAACAGAUGACCAGUGAAAUGUAAAAUCCUAAGUAACCGACAGACUGCUCUUGAUGAUGAAGACGGUCUGUUUUUAUGUUUGUCCUCUCUUCUCUGGUGUGGCAAUGAUUUUCUGAGAUGUGGAGGGAGUUUUCCAGUGAGGAUCGAUCUCUUCAUCCAUCCGUCUGGAGCUCAUCGCAUGAGAAUCCUUCCUCCAGAGACGAGAACCUUCUCACACGCACCCAACUAAUACAUGUGGCUUCUUUUAGUGUCCUUGGUGUUGUUAUAAGCGUUUAAUUGGAGAUAUUGCUGCACUGAUGUUAAAAAUUGAGAAAAUCCAACAAAAAGAAAACGCGCCAGCCUUUCUGUUCAAGUGAGUUUGAAUCUAAGGAGUAAAAUCGUGGAAAAUGGUUUCAUGUCUGUUUUCAAAAUAAAGAAAUGUGC